GCUUCCAGACAAGCUUCAGGAAUUCCAGGGAUUACACCAACUGAAGAAAAAGAUGGUAAUCUUCCAGACAUUGUGAACAGUGGAAGUUUGCACGAGUUCCUGGUUAAUUUGCAUGAACAAUAUGGGCCUGUGGUUUCUUUCUGGUUUGGCAGACGACUUGUGGUUAGUUUGGGCACUGUCGAUGUACUGAAGCACCAUAUCAACCCCAAUAAGACAUCGGACCCUUUUGAAACUAUGCUAAAGUCCUUACUAAGGUAUCAGUCGGGUGCAGGAAAUGUGAGUGAAAACCACAUGAGGAAGAAAUUGUAUGAAAAUGGUGUGACUGAUUCUCUGCAGAGUAAUUUUCCUCUUCUGCUAAAGCUCUCAGAGGAAUUAGCAGAUAAAUGGCUUUCCUACCCGGAGACCCAGCACGUACCCCUCAGCCAGCACAUGCUUGGCUUUGCUAUGAAGUCUGUUACACAGAUGGUGCUGGGCAGUACAUUUGAAGAUGAGCAGGAAGUCAUUCACUUCCAGAAGAAUCAUGGCACAGUUUGGUCUGAGAUUGGAAAAGGCUUUCUAGAUGGAUCACUGGAUAAAAGUGCAACUCGGAAAAAACAAUAUGAAGAUGGUUUGAUCCAGAUCGCUUUGUUGAUGACUCUGUGAUGAAAACUUUUUCCUCACUUGGAUUCUCAGGCACCCAGGCAUGCCCGGAGUUGAGGCUUGCUUAUGUGGUGGCCACAGUGCUUCUGGGUGUGUUGGUGAAGAGAUUGCACCUACUUCCUCUGGAGGGACAAGUUACUGAGACAAAGUAUGAACUGGUCACAUCGUCAAGGGAGGAAGCUUGGAUCACUGUAUCAAAAAGAUGUUAAAAUUUUAUACUUUUAAAAUCUGUGUCAAAUUGGCUAAGAUUCAAAUUGGUUGAAUCUUUGUAAAAUAAGUAUCA